UUCACGUCAAUAUCCUUAAGCAUUCAAAAUUAAAGAGUUUGUUUUGAAGUCUUUUCUUAGACCAUUCUCUUCUCAAGUCUCUAACACAAUCAAUAUAGCAAUGGGUUUUCAUUUACCCAGUGUCAGAAGGGCAUUACUUGCUGGCAAUGAAGCAUCUUCAAAAGAGGUGAAUGUGCCAAAGGGAUAUCUUGCAGCCUAUGUUGGAGAGAAAAUGAAGCGGUUUGUGAUUCCUGUAUCAUACUUGAACCAACCUUCAUUUCAAGAAUUGUUGAGUCAAGCCGAGGAAGAGUUUGGAUAUGAUCAUCCCAUGGGUGGCCUCACAAUUCCAUGCAGUGAAGAUGUCUUCCAACAUAUAACUUCUCGCUUGAAUGGGAUAUAAAUGUUUCACUUUAGAUUUUAGAUGACUGACAUAGAUUAGUAGAGACAUUUAGUGCAGUA